AUGAAUUUUGAAAUUUGCGAAUUAACACCUGCUGGAAGAAUUAAACGUCCUUCUUAUGCUAUAGCUGAAUGGGUAAAAAAAUUAUGGGUUGGUGUAAAUAUUUCUUUAAUUCAAAAGUCAUUUAAAUGUUGCAGAAUUUCUGUUGCUAGAAAUGAAAGUGAGGAUAAUUUGAUGUUCGAUUAUGAUAGUUUACUUAAUAAUACAAAAAAAAAGAAAAGUGGGCAGAAUAAAGUUCAGAAUAUUGAUGAUUUUAGUAGUGACAGUGAUGAUGAUUUUUAUAGAGAUAGCAAUAGUAGCGAUAAAAAAGAAGUUUUAGAUUAUGAGAACGAAUAUUAG